GUGAAGGGGUCGUUAUCAAAGUGUUGGGGGCGUGUUUGUUAUUUGCAAACUGCCUGCUUUUCUAAUUCUACUGUAUUGAUGGAGAUCCCUAGAUAAGUGCCACGGGACACAGUCUGGAAGAGAGCAGUCAUAUAGAAAACCAACCUUCAGGUGAAAAGAAUAUAAACCCAGUGAGACAUUUCACAAUUCAGGAUCGCAAGGGAACAGCCUCAUCUAUUGUUGGAAGUGGACAUUUGGAGGGACAUUGCACACCAGAUUCUGAUGUUUGCCAGCAAUUUCAGUAUUGACAGCAUUCUGUCCAGCAAGGACACCAAAUGUCCUUCAGGUCAACUCCUGUGGCAGUGUUGCCCACUUCUCCUCCGCUCUGCAAAUGGCUUUCUGCCCAGCUGGCACAAUUUUGGUUAUUCUGGACUUCAAUCAGCUCAACAAUCAGCACCAGCUGAUGGUUUCUCAGGACAUGAAGACUUUUACUGUGGACGCAUGGAAAAGCAAUCAUGCUGUUCAAAUUGGGUCCACCAGCCCCCUCCGCAUUACUGUUUGAGACGCACAGGUAUGCCACAGCUGGGUCUUCACUUGCUGAGCCAGGUUCAGAAGAAGAGACGGAGACACAGAACAGUCUUCACAGAGAGGCAGCUUGAGGAAUUGGAAAACCUCUUCAAUGAGACCAGCUACCCAGACAGCAGCACCAGGGAGUCCCUGGCCAGGACCACCCACCUCUCUGAAGAAACAAUCAAGGUCUGGUUCAAAAACCGUCGGGCAAAGAUGAGGAAAGAAAAGACGUCUCUCUCGGAGCAGUUGGACAGUUCCAGUGAGUGCAACAGCACAGACACAGUAGACAAAUGCCCUAAACAGUUACUGGACAUCAACAUCAAUUCAUGACAGCCGAGCACAGAGGGACUACUAUUAUACACAUGCAGAAAUACCACUGUAUUCUCAACCUGAUGCAGACUUCUUCACACCUUAGGAAUGCAACAUGUAAAAAAAAGACAUUUGUAUACAAAUCUAUAAAUGAUGGUGAGCAUUCAGCAGAACCAUAUCUUGCCUUUACCAUCUACCUCUGACUAACUCCCAAUUUUGUCUGAAAGUAGCUUUGCACCGUGAAAUUGCCCUCUUGUUCUAAUUUCAUAGCUUAAUUUUAAGUAGUCUUACCUAUUUUGUACCAUUAAUUCACAUCUGUCUGGAAACCCACGUUAAUCACCUCAUUUAAGGCUCAAACUCUCCUUUGAGGGUAGAUUCAGUUCAAUUUUGUAGAAUAACGGAUUAAUCUCCUUGAAUCUAGAGAGUGAGUAAAGCUAUAAAGUGUAGGAAAAAACCCAAGAUCUUUCUAAUCUCCGCUAACUAAUCAAACUAAAUUCUAGUCCUGGAAGUCAUUACUGUAUAUUUACAUGUGAAUAUUUAAUUUUAUUGUCUUUGUUUGGCCAGUCUCCAAUACUUGAGACUCCCUUUGUCACUACACUACUGUUUUAUCAAUAGUUAUAUUCCCUAGAAAUUUUCUGUUAAUGGUCCUCUGACACUUAAAAAUAUUUCAGUGACAGUGGCUGUUUGUCCAUCUCCUUGUACUUAAGGAGAGUGAUUUGGCCUGUGGCGAUCAGCCUCUGCAGAGACCAGGGGAGUGCUGAAAGCACCCCAUAAUUCUUCACAGCUCUAGCAGAUUCUGAAAAGAUUCUAAUAUUUAUAUAAACUUUUCUGCAGAGCCCCAUGGAAGCUGGAAUUAGUUUGUGAUCCAUGUACUUUGGUACAUGGCAUUGCAAUGAUAAGUUCUGAGGCUUCAAAUUCAUUUAAACAUCUUUAUUUUGCAGCUGGUUGUACAAUCUCACAAAUCCUGUACAGACUGAUAGAUAAUACAAUUCCAGAGCAGAAACAGAAAAUGUAGUUUUUAAACAUAUUUCUACAGGAAAACUCUUCAAGUGAUAUAAUGUGUACAGAGGCAGGAAUAUCUUGAAUUUGUUCCUUCUUUACAUUUUCAUGAACAUGAGUGAAUUUUGUCUUGAUUAAAAGCAGAAAUUACUUGAGAAAUCCAACAUGUUUGGCAGCAUCUGUAGAGAGAAAGUGGAGCUAACGUUUUGAGUCCAGUUCACUGGACUCACAAUGUUAACUGCUUUCUCUCUAAAGAUGUUGCCACACCUGAGUUUCUCCAGAAAUUUCUGUUUCGUUUCAGAUUUUUAGCAUCUAUAGUUCAUUGUUGUAUUUUGUCUUGAAUAAUUCAUGCACUUUUUCUUCUCCUUCCACUGCUGUUUCUUUCUUUCCCUGCUGAAGGCAUCAUCAAUGACUUCUCCCUCUAGUACUCACCCAAGUGACAAGCAUAGCAGAUUACAUUCUUAGCUUAUCUGAUUUCAAGAGCUGUAAUGUUCUCUCCAGCUCCUACUACCAAACUUACACAACUAAAAUGUAAGAAUAACAGAUAGAAAGAGAGGUUAAUUUUCCCCUGGGGCCACAAGAACUAACGAUUGAGGCUCUAAAAUUACCUUGGAGAUUAGAAAACUUUACAAAGCCCACACAGCGUCUGUGGCCAAACUAUCAAGGCAAGAACCCAUCUCUUCCCUCUGUAAACUCCUGGAAGAGGAGGAACCAAGUAAGAAAUAAUAAAUGGCCAAUUUGGGGAAAACAAAUUCUAGUGAAUUCUUUCUUCCCGAGAACACACAGCUCCAGACGAGACGAGGCAUCACCUACUGAUCACACACACCUUAUGCAACACCAGAUGACCUUCCAAUCGCAGCUUUCAAAGCAAAUCCAAUUAUGUUAAUGACUUAAUGAUGGCGGUUGGACAGUAGGAGGGAAUUGAUUAUCCUGACUUCUGGCAUCUUAACUUCCUCUUUCCUUCUUUUAUAUUGACAUAUUUCCCCUUCUUAUCCAACUCAAAUAACCCACCCCAUUAGCAAAAUGUACUCCCUUCAUCACCUCAACCACAUGAAAUCCAUGGAGAUGAAUUUCAUCUUGGACAACAGCUAGUUAACUGCUCAUUCACACUCGAGCCUGUUUAAACCCACCCCAUUUACACAGCUCUGUAUUUGUGGUCUUCUUCUAUUUUGUUUCCCGUCAACUUCGGGAUGUUGGGUAGACUAUAAAGGGAGACUGAAUUACUCUUAUCCACACCGCACUGUGUCACAGAGGGGGAAUGGCCAAACCCCUCUAAUACUUACUAAAACAGCCAGAGAAGCUCACCUUUCCUCUUGUAAUCUUUUAAAAGAGUGGCUAUAAAGAAAAUCCAUGAUCUCAAACUUUACAAUUAUAAAAAACAAUUUAUUUACUUAACCCUAACAACAAACAAAUUAACAGGAUUGCUAACAAACUGACAAUUCCCCCAGACUACUAACUACUCCCUAACUGAUCUAAAUUCCACCAGAAUGCUGUUCAAAUAAACACAAGUCCCACUUACAUAAACCCAAUUAACUAGACAACAAUAAAUUUAAAUUUAAUCUCUCCAAGUUCACACAAUGUUUCUUCUGUCGACCUUGAGUCACAAAUGUCUUUCGGCUGGUAGGGAUGUUCUCUUCCUUAAUUUCUUCAGUGAAGACUUUGAGCUAAAAUACUGUGGUACCUUUUUAAGAGAGGUGAAUUUUUUUUGUGAAAGCCAGGUUUGUAUCUCAGAUGGUGGACUUACUUUCGCUCCAGCUGAAGUUUGGCUCUCCCCUCAGAUGGCAGUUGGCUCUCUCCGGUUUUUCCAAAUGCCCUCAACUUUAUAUAACGCACGUUGACCCAUCAAUGUCUAAAAAAAUGAUUGGUUUCAGGUUGUCAACACCAUCAGAUUUAAGGUCGAUUGGCUUUUGGUAUCUAGGUGCUUGUUUUAAAUUCAAACUUGUCUUCAAAACAAGCCUGAGGGUUUCUAUUCACACAGCUAAUGGAUGCAUGUUACAAUUUUAGAACUGUCUGUACUAUUUCCCAGCUGCUUACAGACACCUUCUGUUUAACUCUACGCUUAAAAGCAUUUCAACUCUCAAAAUAACCACACAUUUUAGCUUCCUGCCCUCCAAUUCACAAAUACUCUACCCAACUUCGUAACAACUGCCACCUGAAGAAAUUUUACCCCCAUGGUUUUCUAAUGGAAAAUAAACCCAAUAAUUUUGGUGACACAUUCUGAAUUUGGAUAUUAAUACCACCCUACCCUGCGAAGGGACCGUAUAUACUAAUAGUUUUCUCAAUGCCUUAAAUUUGUUCCUAAAUAUCUUCAUAUUUCUCUAUUCUUUUAAGAUAUUCCUUACAAUCACCGUCUUUGAUCAAUCUUUUUGGUCAUCUAUCAUAGUAACUCUUUUUGUCAUUGUAUCAAAGUUUUUGUUUGAUGAUAUUCCUAUUAAGCACCUUGGGAAAUUAUAUCACAUUAAAAAUGCUACACAAGUGAAAGUUAUUGUU